CCCACAAACUCUCAUGAUCAGAAUUUAUUAAGACGCUGUAGACGAUUGUGAACAAAUUUGUUUGUUUUUGUUUAUGUAAAUGUGUUUGUGUCUAAAAACAUUUUUUAUUUUGUCAUGUUUUUGAGAAGCUGUGUUUUGGAGUGAUGGAGUUCAUUUGUGUGACUCUGAUGAUUAUUAUUGGAAUCACAGAUUCAACAGCAGAUCAGUUUGCUGUUGUUGAACCUGCAGCUCCUCUACUCGCUAUAGCCGGUGAAGAUGUGAUUCUGCCCUGUUCUCUCAAACCCAACAUCAGUGCUGUAAACAUGAGAGUCGAGUGGUUUAGACUUGAUCUCAAAGACUCAAUAGUUCAUCUCUAUGAAGAUCAUGAAGACAAAAACAUAAAUCAGCUUCAGUCGUACAGAGGAAGAACUGAAGUGUUUAAAGAUGAACUAAAGAAAGGAAACACAUCACUCAAACUCUCAAGAGUUAAAGUCUCUGAUGAAGGAGCUUAUAAGUGUUUUAUUGAGUAUAAAUCUUGGAGUGAUGACAUUACUGUUGAUCUCAGAGUUGAAGCUGUAGGAAGUCCUCCACUCAUCACUGUAGAUGGAUUUGAUGUUUAUGGUGGACUUUAUCUUCAGUGUGAAUCUAAAGGCUGGUACCCUGAACCUGAACUUGUAUGGCUGGACAGUGAAGGAGUCACUUUGACAUCUGAAACUACAAACACAGAGAGAGAGACAGAUGGAUUCAGAGUGAAACACAUGAUCACUGUAUAUAACAGAGACAGUAAAUAUCACUGUAGAGUCAGAAUGAGACAUCACAUGACGGAGACUCAGAUUAUUACAUCAAGCAAAAUGUUUAACUCUUGGAGGAUAUUAAUGAUCUUGAUUUCUGUUGGAUCUGUGCUCGGUGUGAUUGCUGGAUUACUGAACGCUGUGUUCAUUUAUAAAUACGAAGAUCAUCAGAGACUAGAGAAUGAGGACCAGAGACUAAAGAGUGAAGAUCAGAAACUAAAGAGGGAAGAGAGGAAAAUAAAAAAUGUGAAAUCACUGUUAGGAAAAUAUGCAGUGAAUGUGACUCUGGAUCCUGAUUCAGCUCAUCCAGAUCUAAUUGUGUCUGAUGAUGGGAAACAAGUGAGAUGUGGACAGCAAUCAGGAACAGUGAAGGAUGAAGAUCAAAAGUCAAAUAACAAGUUUGAUAGAGAGCUCUGUGUUCUUGGAAAUGAAGGAUUCACCUCAGGGUGUUUUUACUAUGAGGUGCAGGUGAAGAAGUUAAGUAGGUGGUUUGUGGGUGUGGCCAGAGAAUCUGCUGAGAGAAAGGGGUGGAUCAGUCUGAAUCCUGUGAGUGGAUACUGGAUGGCUGGUUUGAGAGGAGGAAAGUAUCAGGCUAGUGAGGGUUCUUCAUAUGUUCCUCUUUCCCUGAGUGUGAAGCCUCAGAGAGUUGGGGUGUUUGUGGAUUAUGAGGAGGGUCGAGUCUCUUUUUAUGAUGUGGAGUCUAUGUGUCAUAUCUACUCUUUUACUGAGCAAUCUUUUAAUGCGAAACUACAUCCUGUUGUUUCUUUAGGUUAUGUUUAUUCUAAAAACUCCUCAAAAGCACCACUCAUCAUCUGCAGUGAUCUCUCAUGA